AUGCCUUCAAGCCUUCUGACCUCGUUCCUCGGCGCCCUUCAGGCCUCCCUGGCCGUGCUGCUCACUCUGUCCUACGGAGUGAUAGCUACUCAGUUCAGUCUCCUCUCCGAAGCCAGCGCCAAAGACAUCUCGAAAACCUGCGUGCGCCUCUUCCUUCCGGCAUUGCUUAUCCACAAUGUUGGCUCUCAGCUGGACAGCGAUACCGGCACGAGGUACAUACCUGUACUGCUCUGGUCCAUCACCUAUAACGUCCUCUCCAUGCUCUUAGGGAUAACAAUGACGAAAAUCUUCAAGCUCCCAUCGUGGGUCACACCGGCCAUCGCCUUCAACAACACCACCUCCCUCCCGCUCCUCCUCGUCCAGUCCCUCGAAUCCACCGGCAUCCUCUCGAGCCUCCUGAUGGGCAGCUCCGACAGCACCUCCGAGGCCGUCGCCCGCGCCAAGUCCUACUUCCUCGUCAACGCCAUCGUCAGCAACUCCCUCACCUUCGCGCUGGGCCCGAAGCUCCUGAACGGGCAGGAGGAAGACUCGCCCCAGAAGCAGGAGGAGAAGAAACCAAAGGACAGGACCGAGAGCGAGAUGAACGGCCACAACGGCGCCCCCAGCAUCGAAGGCGAGGAGGACGUCGAGCGCGGCCGCAUACCAGCGCCGCAAGGCGACGGGCAGCAGCACUCAGGCUCCGACUCCGGCGAGGAAGUCGACGAGCAGACCUCGCUCCUCCCCGACCCCAUCGUGCGGCGCGGCGAGCAAGCCAAGCAGAAAGGCUCGCACCACGGCAAGCGCUGGUUCUACUCGCAGCGGCCCUGGGUGCAAACCACGCUCGACUUCGCCUACCAGUUCCUGAACGCGCCCUUCAUCGGCGCCGUGAUCGGCUGCAUCAUCGGCCUCGUCCCGCCCUUCCACCGCGCCUUCUUCAACAACACGCAGGAAGGCGGCUUCUUCAACGCCUGGCUGACGUCGAGCAUCAAGAACGUGGGCGACCUCUUCGCCGCGCUGCAGGUCAUCGUCGUCGGCGUCAAGCUCAGCCAGGCGAUGCAGAAGAUGAAGCGCGGCGAGGCGAGCGGCGAGGUGCCGUGGAAGCCCUUCAUCUUCAUCACCCUGAUGCGAUUCAUCGUCUGGCCGCUCAUCAGCAUCCCGCUUAUCUGGGCGGUGGCCAAGAAGACCAACGUGCUGACGCAGGACCCGAUCUUGUGGUUCGCGAUGAUGCUGAUGCCCGCCGGUCCGCCGGCUAUGAAGCUCACCGCCCUCGCGGAUGUGAAUGGGAGUGACGAGCAUGAGAAGAUGUCGAUUGCGAAGUUCUUGACGCUCUCGUACGCGAUAUCACCGCUCAUCGCUUUCCCUGUGGUGGGUAGCCUAAGAGCCGCGCAGUCGCUAUUGAGCUCGUAG